AUGGCUCACACUAAAACAUCAACACACAAAAACCCUAGCUCACCAACACCAUCAUCAUCUCUUUCACCAUCUCCAUAUCGUUCACCAUCACCUCCACCAAGACCAACACCCCAAUAUUCAUCUUUAGAGAGAACAUUCUCUGAUUACAUGUCUUCAUCACCGGAAUCUAGUCCCCGUCUGAUCACACUAGAGCCUCUCGCAACCAUUCUUCCUCCAUUGUAUCAAUGCGAUAUUCCUUCAAUCAGUCAAGCCCCACCCCAUCUUCGAAAAACCCUCAACCCUAGUUCCAGCACUUCAUCCUCCACACGAAGAUCAAUGCGAGUUCUGACAGGUAUUGGUUUUUCAAAAACAAAAAAUAUAGACACCACAAUCAAUAGCAUUUUUUAUGAUGAUUGUGAACCCUCACCACCACCACAAAAUCCUAAAGCACAAAAUUUUUCUACAUCCCAAUCUUCAAAACCAAAAUCCCCAGAAAUUUCAAAAUUCCCAAAAAUCUCAAAACCUCCAGCAACUUCAAAAUCCUCCAAAUCUCCUUCAAAUGGGCUUUCAUCCAAAACCAACUCCUCUAAAACUAAAUCCACUUUUCCAAAAUCCCCCUCAUCUUCAACACUCUCUCAAUUUUUAGCCUCUAAAAAAUUAAAAAAUCCUACAAAAUUUACAAAGAAAACUUCAACUCAAGAAUGUUCUUCGUCCAAACUCCCAACUCAAGAACGUUCUCCACUUGAAACUCAAGAAUGUUCUCCAUUCAAAACUCCAAAUCCCAAAUCAACUAAAACCUCUCAAACAGCAACCACAAAACCCUCCACCAAACCUUCUUCUUCCAAAAUCCUUAUUCCACCUUUGAUUCCUUCAAAAUUUCAAACACUAUUUGCUGAAAAAUGGGCUCAACGACCUAUUGGCAUUGGUCGGGUUUUUAGUUUUGAAAACCUACAAGUUGAAGGAAUCUCCAUUCAACAUCAUACUGAUGCACUUGGAUGA